CCUUGAGUAUGAAAAUGCUAUCUAGACCUCGAGUUAACAGGAUUUUUGGGCAUGAUACUAUACCAUAACCCCUAAUGAGUGAACCCUAGGUCCUAAUUAUCUAACUCAUAAACUAUAAACCCUAAGAUGGUGCCUUCUUUUUUUUUUUGCCUAUAUUUGGACGAAUCAUAACCGUCGAUUAUUGCUUCUAAUUAAAUUGAACUUGGGGUAUAAGAUUUAGAAAAUUAAGACCUAGAUUUUGAUAUUUAAGGGGUUAGAGUAUAGUAUCAUGUCUGAAAGAUCAGUCAAUUCAAGGUCUGGAUAGCGUUUUCAUACUUAAGGUAUGCGAUACCCCGGAAUUCACCCCAGGUACCGUAGACCUAUCUAUUUAAUAAUAGACAAUAUGAUGUCAUUUUUAUGUCAAAUCAUAGAUAACUAAGUGACUGCAUUAUUAAAUAAAUAGGUCAUGAUUGAUUAUUCAAAAGUGAUAUAAUCAUUAAGAAUUUAAUGUUGAGGUAUUGAUAUAAGAUUGUUAUGAUUUAAAAAAUACAAAAUAAAAUUUUCAAAAUCCCAUUAUUGUCAUAUAAAAAUAAGCAUUUCAAAAUAUUUUAAAAUUAGGAUACACAUUAUAAAUUGUAUUCAAAUAACGUUAUGACCAAUGGGUCGGACACCUAACUAGUAUUUCCAAAUAGUCAAGCAAAUCCAAAUUUGUUGAUGCGUUAAUAAACAACACAACUUUGUGAGGUGCAUAAACCCACUAAUAGCGUUAUCAAAUCUAAUAUUUUUGUCAAGUAAAUCAUACUAAAUAAUUGACUACUAAACAAAAACCAGGUAGUGAGACAAUACUCAGUAAGUAAGAUUUGUAGAGUUUAACAAGUUGAUCCUUACACACUCUAAGAUUACAUCACUUUAUCCAAUGUAUAAAAGUUUUCUUUCUUAUUAAUCAAUCUGGCUUUAUAUAAGGAUGUAAAAAAUAUCCAUAACCGUGAAUAUUCGUCUGAAUUCGACCUAAUCGAGUAGGGUAAAACUCAAAUUCGAAGGAUUUUUACUAGGCAUUUAGGCAUGAUAAUGGAUGAGCAAGGUUUUCUUACUAUCCGAUCCGAAUCCGCCUGAUUAUACACAUGUAUAUGUAUUUUGUCUAGAAAUUAUCAUUAUUUUCUCAACAUAUUUUAUAUUUAGCAUAUAAUAUAAUAUUUUCAUGAAAUUGUGUGGUAUUUAAUUAUUUUUUUUUCAUUAUAGUGAUUUAUUCAUUAUUGUAGUGUUUUCUUUUAUGUAAUGUGAGUAAACGUGUGAAGGUUAACAUGUUGGUGUUAUAAAGAUAAAUUAUUAUCUAUUGAUAACCGUGGAUAUGCAAAACCGAACGACUAUAGACAUGAUUUUGAUUUUUCACCCAAUUCUUAUGUAGGUAUGGAUAUGCGUAAAACCCGAACUACUUUGGGUAGGGUAACAAAUAUGCACUAUCCGUCUCCAAACCGACCCAUCGCCAUCCCUAGUUUUAUUACUAUCUCCCUAACGCAAAAAGAAAAAUUACUUUAAUGCCACCUUCUAUUCAUUAUCUAAAGGUGGCGCCAGCAUGACAACAGUGACGGAGGUGAAAAGGUACAGGUGGUUAUGGGAAAAGACUGAUUAGGGUAUGUUUGUUCUAGGGAGGUAAAUGGUUAGUCAUUUAACUGUUUUAAUCGAUAGCCGAAUCAAUAAUGGUGGUUAACGAUUAAUCAAUAAUCUUUGAUUUUCUAGUGGUUUGGUUUUUGUUAGUUGUAUUUUGCUUAGUGGUUAAUCGCUGGGAGAAUAAUCAAUUAGUAGUUAUUGAUUAAUUGAUAAUCCCCUACUAGUACAAUUACAUAGUUUUGGUCUUUGGUUAGGAGAAAAAGUCUCAAUGUUCAAAACCACCGAAAGUCGCAAUUUCCACUUAUUGCAAACAACCCUCCACCUUAAGUCUUAAAUGUGUUUAAUAUUAAGAACUCUAAAUUCAUCUUCUCUUAAUUUCCUUUGCAAUCGACAGAGCGAACAUCUCACUCUAGUAGUCUUUGUUUCUUUAAUAUUUUUGAAUGAAGAUGAUCUUGUGGUUCUUGUAUUUGAUAUCUUGGUAGUUGGUAUUCACUAAUUUGAUGAAGACGUUUGACUUUUUUUAGUUUUAUGUGUUGGAAUAUGAAUUUGGAUUAUGAAUUCAUGAUGGUUGUUUCAUUGAUGUUAAUUCUUAUCAUUAGUAUUUUAUAUUUAUAGUGUAGAAGUAUAAUUAAAUUGUUUUGCAGGUGAUUAGGAUUAAAUGAUACUUAAUUGUUAUACUUAAUUGGAUGAUGAUUGUAUAUUACAAAUGUUUCGCUUUAUUAUAUUUGGUGAAAGAAAUAGAAGUUAUUGGUUUGAUUACACUACAACAAAUUCGGCCUAUUAUGACGAGACAAUUUUGUCAUAUUAGAUACCCAUUUUGUCAUAUUAGGUAUGAUAUGACAAAAGGUGUUGUCACAAAGGUUUGUCAUUUUAUCGCCGUCAGGAUAGGUCAAAUGUGACAAAAAUUUAAAACAAGGUUGUCACAUUUGCUUUGAGUAUAGCUGAGGUUCUGGGUAGUCUAUUGUGACAAACAGAGAUGUUAUGACAACAUAUUUUGCCAUUACGGUUGUCAUAAUCUGGUGAUUUAGGGAGAAUUGUUCGUCAUAUUACACGAUUAUCUUUUGUCAUAACUGUAUAUUGUGACCGACAAUAAAAGAGGUACUCAUUAUAUAAUUUGAUUAUUAUACGAACAUAAUAAAAAAUAAUUCAGCUAUAUAAUAUAUUAGAAAUAAAGUGUAUACACAGUACGCAUAUUUUAUUUUAUUUUUAUCUCAUAACACCUACAAAUGAGAAUAUUUAAGGAAAAAAAAUAAAAUUUACACACAAAAUGAAACAAAAUCAAAAUCAUGUUGUGUUGGUGUUCUCGUGUUCGGUCAAUCAUCUAACUAUAAACAACGACCUUCCGUAGUUACAUCGGUGGAAGGAAAUCGCCCGAUCUGAUGGCAUAAAGUAAUCGGACAAAAAAUCCCAGAGAUACAGACAGAUCUACUUCGUAAAUCCAUCGGCAAAUCGCCGAUGUUAAUCCCUAGCUCUUCUUUGUGGGAGAAGAGAAGCCUGUGGAGGGGGGAAUAGGAGCGGCGGCAGAUGAUUGGGAGAGAGAUCCAGCGGUGACGGUUUUGUCUCCUCUACUACUGUACGUGAGUGCUUUUUUUAACUAAACCAAAACAGAGAUAGAGGGAUUAACGGAAGGAAAUUCUACUACCAAAAAAUGGAAGUAAAUCUUUUUUAUUUGUAUGUAACCCUUCAUUUUAUGAUAAUAAUUUAAUUUUAGUUUCAUAAUUUUUUUUUGUUUAUUAAUGUUUUUUUCUUUUAGACUCCAUAAUUCUUUUUAUAAUUCUGUUAAUCGUGAAGUCGAAUUGAUAUACACAAUUUGGCUUCAUUUUCUUUUGAAAUAAUUUUCUAUCGCUAAUCGAUAUUGCUUAAUAAGAAAACAAAAUUUAUGUUCAUAAUAAGAAAACAUCAUUAUGAACACUAGUUUGUAUAUAUUUCUUUAGCUUUGUACCUUCCAAAUAUUAAUCUAGUAGAAUAAAAGAUCAUCAACAAAACUAUAUAAAAGUAAUUGUCAAAAAUAUUAGUAAAUUAUCCAAUUUUAGUUAUCUCCAUAAAAUAAAGGGUUAUCUAAAAAAAAUAAGAAAAGAAUUCUGUUCACCCUGUUUCUGUUUUAGUUGGUUAAAAAAAGGAAAAUAACUCAAAAAAUUAAUAAUAAAGAAAGAGAAUCCAUCGAUAAUAAUGGUCAUGUGGUAGGGUGGGAUUAUUGCUAUCUAUUAUGACAAAAUACUUUGUCAUUUAAACAAUUUAGGAAGACGUAAUAUAACAAAAGCUACACCGGUGAUAUAAUUUGUCACUUUUGUACCUCUUACAUCCUGAUAUGGAAUGUCUAUUUUGACAAACUUAAUUUUGACACGAAAUAUGUGUCACAUUACUCAUUUUAAAUGACGAACUAUUCUGACAACAAGCAAUUUGUCACUGUUGAGUCUCUUACAUCCAGAUAUGAGACGCCUAUUUUGACAAAAUUAAUUGUGACACGAAAUAUUUGUCACAUUACUCACUUUAAAUGACGACUUAUUCUGACAACAAUUUUUUUUUGUCACAUUAGGUAUACCAAAUAGGACAUAUAUUAUUUUUGUCAUAUCAUUGUACAUAUUGUGACAAACAGAAAAUGACAAAAUAAAAACUUUGUCCUAAUUGGCCGAAUUUGUUGUAGUGUUAGGUAUAUUCGUACUUGUUGGAACGUAUGUUAGUGGUUAUUGGUUAACCGUCAAACUAAUAGCUAACCAGACUGAUAAGAGACGGUUAAUCGAUAAGGCUUAUCGGUUCGAUUAUCGAUAUGAGUUUUUUGUUUAUUGUUUAAAUUCUAACCACAAUAUCGGUUAGUGAUUAACUGACAUCAAACCAAUUAUCACCCUUAAGUUUGUUAUGUAUAAUUGAGUGUAUAAAUAAAAAAAAUAGAAAACAAAAAAGGAAAAUUAUUUCGUUUUAAGCUAAACUGAUUUCAAUUUUCAAUAUAAAUUAGGAUGAUGAAUAGCAACUCUCAAUAACCGAGAGGAGUUAUAAAGAAAAUAAGAUUUGAACAUGCAAUUCCAUCCUAUAAAUUCACAUUACAAUCCAUCUGCUUAGCAUAAACAAAGUUCAGCUUAAGUUCCAAUUAAUCGAUCAAAGAUCGAUUCAAGUUAACAAGAACAAAGCUGGAAAUUUUCUAAGUGUUGAAACAGUUUUGGGAACCCAACUUUGGAGGCUUGGUUCUCCCAAUUGGGCUACUGAACAUGCAAGGUGAAGGGCUUGUUUCGAAGCUUGGGUGUUUCUCUAUAAUUGGGAGCACUUGGAUCGGGGAAAGAAAGUCAUAAGGGUUGGAUAACAAGUUGGGCAAAACCCUAUCCAGCAACUGGAAAUCUGCCAGUUUUUAGUAAGGAAGAAAGACAGUUUGAGGAAGCAACUUUGAACUCAAAUUCACGAAGUUUGGGACACGAUCAGCUUGAGCUUGGAGUUGGAAAUGAAAUUAUGAAACUUUCUAAACCUAGGUAAGGGAUUGGCUAAGCUCGACUCAACCUAGAAGGCCAAUUUUCAAGAGCUAGAAGUUGGUACGAAGACUGAUUUCCUGGACAGUUGCUUGGCCGAGAAGAAUGUUGCUUGGAUUGUAAGUUUCCGUGUUUUAUUUGUUUUGCUUUCCUUGUUUUGUUUGUAAUUCGUUUCAUUGUUCAAUUAGGAGUAUGUUAGGUUGUUCUUGGCUAUAAAUAGCCUCCUUCGUUGAUUGUAACAGGGUCGAAGUUUAAUAAAAAAAGUUUACUUCGAGGAGUUCCUCAAGCUUGCAAGCUAAAUUGUUCUUGGAUUUGGCCAAGAAUCGCAGACCUGGAGAUCGAGUCAUUCAUCCUCAAUCUUGUGGUAAUUUCUACCCUAACUAGUCUCUUCCCCUCGUGUUGAAGUUGCUUGUUCGGUUUGCCACAUUCAUCAAUCCAUUCCCUAUGUUCUUACUAUGAAAUCAUCACCAUCUCGAAGACAACUACCCUAGUUGCAUGCUCUAAUCGUUUGAGUCUCUUCUUGGGCUCAUCAAGUGGCAUCAUCGCCUGGUUCAAACACAGCGGUAACGACGAAGAAGGUACAGGACAGUAGGCAUGUUGCAGCGAGAACAAGAAAGAAAGAUCCCAUCGCAUUGCGGAGGGAACCAGCGAAAAUAGAGCUUGAUACUGCGUCCGACAAGGAAGUUCAGCUCGAAGAAUCAAUCAAGGCAUGGCGGCAGAUUAAAAUGACGGAGUUGUUGCAGACAAUUAUGGCACAACUAAACGCAACAUUCCAGACCUAAUUUCAUCACAUCAACCAGCAAUUGGCUGAAUUGAAGUCGACGGCGAUCGAGCCGAAAACGACGACAGAGGAAGACGCGACUUUGGAGGGAAACAGAGUGCAGAAUGCAUGAGCAUUCGAGGAACGAAUUAGCAAUAUGGAGAGGCACAUAACCAUACCUGAAGGAGAGCCCUAUAACCACGAGUUCCGUGAUCGCGAUCGACGACACCAAGACACGGGAGCAACCGAGGAACUGAAGAGAGUCAAGCUCGCUAUUCCCUCGUUUAAAGGGAGUAUUAACCCAUCUGAAUACCUGGACUGGGAGCGCAAGGUGAUUCUAUUCUUCGACUGCAACAAUUACACCGAGCGACAGAAGGUCCAGCUAGCUGCCUACGAAUUUGGGGGCUAUGCGGCUGAUUGGUGGGAACAAUUGAGGAUCAAGAGACGUCGAGUUGGCUUACCCCCAGUCGCGACGUGGAUGGAGAUGAGAACGUUGAUGAGAGAGCGCUUUGUGCCCACGUGUUAUCAACGAGAGCUCCACGAUAGCUUGCAGCUUCUUCGCCAAGGCAAUCGAGGCGUGGAAGAAUUCUUUCGGGAGAUGGAGCUCCUCAUGAUCCGAGCUGACAUAUGCGAGGACAAGGAGGCUACCAUUAGUCGAUUUUUGCAGGGUCUAAAGAGGGACAUCAAGAGCCAAGUAGAACUAUUUCCAUUCGUGGACAUUGAAGACGUUGUACAGCUUGUUAUGAGGGUCGAGAAGCAGUUGAAGCAAGGUUCUGGCAGACGAUUUACUCCCGCGAGCAAACUUGUCCCUAAACCUGACUUCAAACCGUAAUUGCCCAAUAAACCUGCAAGGACAACUCCGCCAGCUACCCGGAUCGACAAGGAGCCUCUAGUGGCAACAUUAGAUGCUUCAAAUGCCACGACUAUGGCCGCAAAUCGCAUCAAUGCACCAAUCAAAAGGUGUUGGUACUCCGAGACGGCCAAUAUUACUUGGAAGAUGAGGAAGAGGCCGAGAGGAAGGUUGUUGGUGACUCAGAGGGCGAAGAGAUGGAAGCUAUUGACGGGCCAUUGCUUGUACUAUCGCAAGCCUUGACAAGCAAAGAAGAGGACUUACCUGUCGUGGAUCAGCGAAGCAAUUUAUUCCACACAAGGUGUCGUGUGAAGGGCAAAGUUCUUACUGUCAUUGUGGAUGGGGGAAGUUGUGAAAACGUAGUCAGCCUUGAUGCUGCUAAAAAUCUCGAGUUUACCAUGAUUCCCCACGCCGAGCCAUACUCGCUGCAUUGGCUUAGUGAUCACGCUGUGAUCAAAGUAAACAAGCAAGCCUGGGUGCCGUUUUCAAUAGGGAAUUACCGCGACAAGCUGCUAUUUGACGUAAUCCUGAUGUAGGCCACUCAUCUGGUGCUAGGCAGACCUUGGAAAUUUGAUCGCCAAGUCUCUCACGAUCGCAGGACUAAUUGUUACUCGUUUACGCAUCAAGGGCAGAAGAUGGUGCUCACACCGUUGUCGCCGAAAGAAGUUCAAUCCGACCAGCAACACAUGGCGCGAAGUCGAGCCGCAGGGGAGGAUAAUUCUGGUAAGUCGUCCUCAAGUGACAAGAAGGGAAGCGCUUUGAAAGCUCGCCGGCACCUGCUAAAUGUCCUCGCUGGUCGGACAGUUCCACGACGACACAGAGCUCGACUGCCCUAUUUUUCGGAUGUCCUGAAUCGCACCGAAUGGGGUGGGAUGAUUGGAGCUGCGUCGGAGGAAGUGGCCAACACCUACACAUCCCAAAUUCACCAAAAAACGUGUGAAGAUGGAGAAACACAGCAGAAUCGAGCUCGAUCAAAGAAGCCCGAAGUCGGAAUUUUGCCUUCCAACGAGACGGACGAAGAACAAAAAUCGGUCGAAUCAGUUGUGGACUUUGAGUACGAUUCGAAGCAAAACACUUGGGAUCCAUUUCUGGGGCCUCAAGGAAGGUGUACGAAUCAAGCAAUUAGAUCGGCGAGGACUGAAAACAAAACGCCUAAUUUUCGAAUUAGCUCGCCGAAUUCUAGAAAUUCGUUGCCGGAAUCUGAGGAUUUUGAAUUCUCCGGUGGCGGGAAAACUCCAAGUCUUGGUUCAUGGCUGUUUGGGCACCCCCGAAGCGUGGGAAGGACUGCAUUUGCUUCAUGGGAGCUAGGGGAAAUGAAUGCAAGCAAUGAAUUAGUCCGAGAAGUCUCAAAAAGGAAAGCCCUAAUUCCAAAAGGGUCGCCGGAAAUUCGAGUCGCGCCUGAAGAUGGAAUUUUUGCACUAACUUUUCACGAUCCCAUUUGGGAUAAUUUUGUCUAUGCCUUUGAGUGCAGGAUGCUCCAAGAUUUGAGGUCAAAUAUUUUUAAAGAAGGGGGGCUUGAUAUGAUCACAAUUCGGGCAGGUUCAAGUUCCGAUUAAUCGAUCAAAGAUCGAUUCAAGUUAACAAGAACAAAGCUGGAAAUUUUCUAAGUGUUGGAACAGUUUUGGGAACCCCACUUUGGAGGCUUGGUUCUCUUUGGAGGCUUGGUUCUCCCAAUUGGGCUACUGAAAAUGCAAGGUCAAGGGUUUGUUUCGAAGCUUGGGUGUUCCUCUAUAAUUGGGAGCACUUGGAUCGGGGAAAUGAAGUCAGAAGGGUUGGAUUACAAGCUGGGCAAAACCCUAUCCAGCAAUUGGAAAUCUGCCAGUUUUUUACUAAGGCAGAAAGAAAGUUUGAGGAAGCAACUUUGAUCUCAAAUUAACGAAGUUUGGGACACGAAGUUUAAUAAAAAAGUUUACUCCGA